AUCCCAAAGGAAGGUAACAGGUUGCUCCCGACGCCGCACAAUGAACUUCUUUCAACAUCCAUUUGCGAUUCUUUCCUGCGUGUUUUCGGAUAAAGUGCGUGAAAAUACACCAAAUCAUCUCGGAAAGCAACAGCGCCGUCGAACCGGACGAGCAGGGACCGUGGGAAGAGUACGAGGUUAAUCACUAAUGCGGGGCAGCGAGGACAAGGUCCACACAGUGUUGACACGAUGAACACAUCAUCCUCCGGCCGCAGGACUCCGGUGGACCACGGCGUCCAGAUCCGCUUCAUCAAUGACUUGCGUGACUCCCGAGGGCAACCGGGGUCUCAACCCAAGCCCAAGUCUCAGAGCUCCUCCAAGUACGGCGUGGCGGUGCGGGUGCAGGGCAUCGCCGGGCAGCCGUACGUGGUCCUGAAAGACGGCAAGAAGGGCGACUCGUACGGGGUUCAGCUCAGGACUCAGGACAAUUCGGGCUACAGUAGCCUCCCUCGCAGGAAAGAGAGGGGCGAGCUCGCCGCGCAGGAGGUGGAUGAUGGAGGGGGGCUCCGCCGGGCCCAAUCUCAAGGAUCGCUCCUGGACAGAGACGGGGAGGGAGGGGCCGGCCAUCAGGAGUUUCAGCUGUCUAGACCUCCAGGGGAUGGCAAAUCCGGCAGCUAUGGCAACCUGGACAGCGGGCUGGGGGUUCGAGGAGAAAGAGAAGCGGCCCACCAUACCUGGGAGGGUUCACGAGUGAACGGCUCAGCGGGGUCACAGAGCGAGAGACGGAACUUCUCCAGCCCGCCUCGGCAGGCACCCGCCGCCAACAGGUUUGACCACGGCAGGGGCGGACGUCAGCAGAUGGCUUCGUCGCCUUCCCGGGAUCCCAGCCCGCCUCGGCAGGCACCCACCGCCAACAGGUUUGACCACGGCAGGGGCGGACGUCAGCAGAUGGCUUCGUCGCCUUCCCGGGAUUCCCGUGCCGCCGUCAACCACUACGCCUCGAAUCAAGGCAGCCCGGGACGCGGCCAGAACGCUCCCGCUCACUCGCCUCAUCAGCAGCCGUCGGCAGGCAGAUAUGUUGCCGUGGAGACGGAGCCACGAGUUACCCCUGACCUUUUGCUGGACCAGAGUGCUGAGAUGAGCAGAGAGGAGGAACAGAUCAUGCAGACUAUUUAUAGGAUCCUCAGAGAAGGGACCAACGAGAGUGACGUUACCAUCAAGCACAAAGUCAAGAUCAUCUGUCAGAGGAUUCAAAACCUUCGGCAUAAAGACGCGUCCUUGGACUCGAUGAGAGAAAAGAGAGAGCUGGAGCGGAAGGUGGCGGAGCUGCAGAGUGCCCUGCGAGAGGAGCGAAGGGGAUCCCUCGGUCGAUCCGAUAAAGCUUUGAAAGAUGAGCUGGACUCCUGCUUGGAUGCAAAUCUGCAACUGGAGGAAACGCUGGCCCGGAAGAAGAAAGAACUCCAUGAAACACAGUCUGAAUUGACGCAGCUACGAAUAGAACGAGAAAACGCCGAAGCUCGCUCCAGAACGAUGGAGGACCAGCUAUCCGAACUCCAAGAUGAACUGAGAAGAGAAAACAUCAACAGAACAGACGUGGCCACAAUGGAAGCGGAGAUGCUGGACGUGUGUCACCUGAAGCAGAAGCUGGAGGAGACGCUACGGCAGCGCGAGAGGGAGCUGACGGCGCUGAAGGGAGCCCUGAAGGGCGAGGUGGCCACCCACGACAAGGAGAUCGAAGAGCUCCGAGAGCAGUACAACGCCGACGUGGAGAAACUGAGGAGCAGCAUGGAGCAGGUGUCGCAGUCCCACGCCGGGAUCGAGGCCGAGCGCUUGCGUAUCAAUUCGUCGGUUCGUACGCUGCAGCAGCAGUUGGAGGACUGCAGGGACGAAAGCAGCCACUGGAUGGAGCAGUUUCACAACACUAGGGAUGAGCUGCGCUCCACAAAACAAGAACUUCUUCAAACCCGACUGGAGAAAGAGGAGAGUGAGGAGGAGCUGAAGGAAGUCCAGGACAAAGUCAACGCUAUGAAACAGAAGAUGCCGGACCGCAACCAAACGCAGACCCUCAACCAGGAGCUUGAGCGGCGCAGCGCUGAUCUGCAGAAGGCAAAGUCCGACUUGGAGAAGCAGAAGACGGAAUCCGACAAGAAGGUGAUGGAGAUGAUCGCCGUCAAAAAAGCUCACCAGGAGCAAGAGGCAGAACUCAAAUACGAGAUUGACCGGCUGAAGAACCAGUUGCAGAGGGCCAAGGAUGACUAUGCCAAGGCUCAGGAGAAAAACAAAAAGCUGCCAGACCCGGCCACCCUCUCAGAACUGGAGCAGAAGCUCAGUGAAACGCAAACUGAAGCCAGCCAGCUCAAGGAAAAACUCUCAUCGGCCGAGGACGAACUGGAGGCCAGUAAAGCCCGCCUAAGCAGAUCUCAGGCGGACCUGAAGUCUCUAGAAGAUGCCCAGAAGGAGCAGACCGAGUCCCAAACACGUCUCAAAGAAAAAAUGUCUCGGUUAGAGGCUCAACUCCUGACGAGCAAUGCGCAGAGCUCGGAGGCCGAGCUGGCCCUCCACAACGAGGUGAGGGGCCUGAGAACCGAGCUGGAUGAGGCCAAGCGAAAAGCCUCCCGCCUGACACAGGAGCACCGGGAGCUCAGCCAGCGUGCGGACGAUGCUGAGAAAGAGAAGGAGGCUCUCAAGCAGAACGUCAGCCACGUAGAGGAGAUCCGACAGCAGCAGGCCAGAGCGCUGGAGAAAAUCAACAAAGAGUUCGAGUCUCUCACCGCGUCGUCGCGAGGCGAAGUGCAGAGUCUCAAGGUUCAACUGGAGGAGCAACGAGAGCGUGCCCGCAAGGAAAUGCACGAGGUGCAACGUCACGGCAGCGACGCUCAAACUGAGCUCGACAGAAGUCAGACAAAUCUCAGGCGACUGGAGGAAGAGCUGUCGCGACAGAAGAAGGAGCUCCUGCUCGCGUGCGAGGAGAGGGACAACCACCAGCUGGAUAAAGAGAUGCUCACCAACCGAUUGCGCCACCUGGAGGGGGCCGUGGAGGCGGGCAAGAACGGCCUCAACGAGAAGACCAGGGAGAUUCGGAUCCUGGAGGACAAGUUGAAGCGUUUCGAGCUGGAUCUGGAGGAGGAGAGGAGCAGCACGGAGAUGUUGACAGAGCGUGUGUCCAGAAGCAGAGACCAGAUUGAACAGCUGCGUGCCGAGCUCAUGCAGGAGCGCUCGGCCAAACAGGACCUGGAGCUGGACAAGAACUCCAUGGAGAGACAUCUGAAGGAAUUGAGGGGUCGUCUCGCCGACAUGGAGGGCCAGUCUCGCUCGUCGGCCGGGGCCUCUCAGCUGGAAAGCAAAAUCCAGGAGCUUGAGGAACAGCUUCGCACUGAGGACAGGGAGAAGAACUCGAUUUUGGCAAGCCAGCGCCGUCUGGAGAGGAAACUUAAAGAGUUGAACAUGGUGAUGGACGAGGAGAGAGAAACGCAUACCAAUCAGAAGGACCAGCUUACUCUCAAGGUGAAGGCCCUGAAGAGGCAGGUGGACGAGGGCGAGACCGAGUUGGAGAGGAUCGACACGCUGAGGAGGAAAGCUCAGCGAGACAUGGAGGAGCAGACGGAGCUAAAAGAAGCCUUGCAGGCGCGGGUCACUGCUUUGGAAACGGAAUUGAAACGCAAAACCACAGCCAGCAUGCGUCCCGCUUUGGAUUCAUCCGCUCUCAGCUCAGACGACGACAGCGUUUACGAAUCGUCAUCCAUCAUCGCCGCCAUCCUCACCGAUAGCAACCUCCAGACCAGCGCCUGUUGAAAGCGGCGUAGCACACCUUUUAGACGAGUUGGCUGAGGCAGUCAUGGUACCGCUGGGAGUGUUGUUAAGGUUAGUGAGGUGAAUUGAAGGAAGCUCAACUUCCUCCAGGUGGUUUCCUUCUCAGUGUACAUGUGCAGGGAAUAUUUGGUACUGACUGAAAAUGAACCAGCUGGUGCUGCAACUUUUCUAUGCAAUCCUUUUACAUAAGGUCACAGAAUAUAUCAAGAGAUAAUAAUCAGGACAAUUUGUGUACUUAACAUGGCUGUUUUUAAUAUUUGGAGUCUUCAUUUUGUAUCUAGUUUGAACAAAUUAGCACUACAAUGUAUUGUUUAUUUUAUAUGGCAAAGUAAGUCAAAUGGGAUUUUAACAGGUUUGUACUUGGACAAAUAUUUCACAAGUUUGAUGUCUUUUGUAUUGCUUUUAGAAAAAAUAAUAAUUAUCUUCAUUCAUUAAACAUGUUUUGGCCUUUUUUUCAUGA